UGUAGCAGGGUCAUGAAGAAGAGGCGGCGGCGGGGGGCAGCAGGAGGCGGCGGGGGCGUGAAUCUGCGGUAGCUGCCGGCUGGGCUGGUUUGUGGCUUUGGGGAAAGGGCGUAGUUCCUAACCCUCUCUGGGGCAGCGGCCGGGGCUCGGGGCUAAGAGCGGCCGUGGGGCCGCCUCCCCGGGCCCCCUGGCUCCGCCAUGUUCCGCCGGGCACGCCUUAGCGUGAAGCCGAAUGUCAGGCCUGGUGUGGGCGCUAGGUGUUCCACCGCCACCAAUCCCCAGCGUGGACAGGAGGCUCCCAGGCCUCCGGAACCGGCAGCGGCCCGUGACCCAAAGCCCGUGGAGCCCACAGAUGUGCCCCCGGUGGAUUUCCAAAGAGCAGAGCCGCAAGAAGAGGCUUCCAGGAGCAGUAAUGAAAAGACUGAUGGUAAGAAUGAUGUUGAAGAAUCCAGUAAAUCUUCCUCUACUGUUUCACAGAGAAGAAAGAGAGUAUCAAGUACUCCUACUCUGGUUAAGCCUAGUGUCAGUGUUCCUUCAGAGCCUCAAGUCUUAUCUACAGUUAAUCAAGAAGCUCCACAGCCACACCCAAUUCCAACAAAAGAGAAACAGCCAUGCUCAGACAGAUACCGAAUCUAUAAAGCCCAGAAACUGAGAGAAAUGUUAAAAGAAGAAUUAAGAAAAGAGAAGAAACAAUGGAAAAACAAAUAUGCCAUAAAUGAAAGUCAGAGGGCACCAGAUCGUUCAAAAAUGACUAUGAGAGACUUCAUAUAUUACCUGCCAGAUAGCAAUCCAAUGACUUCUUCACUGGAGCAAGAAAAGAAAACUGAAAAAUCAUUGACAGUUCAGACAAGAGAACAAGAAGAUAAGAGUACUCCUGAUGCUGAAGAUAGUGAAGAACUGGAAGAAGAGGUGGAUGAUGGCCCAUUGCUGGUUCCCCGAGUAAAAGUGGCAGAAGAUGGUUCUAUAAUUUUGGAUGAAGAAAGUUUAACUGUAGAAGUUUUAAGGACAAAAGGUCCCUCUGUUGUUGAGGAAAAUGACCCCAUAUUUGAGCGUGGUUCUACAACUACCUAUUCCAGCUUUAGGAAAAACUAUUAUUCUAAACCAUGGUCAAAUAAAGAAACAGAUAUGUUUUUUUUAGCCAUCAGCAUGGUAGGAACUGACUUUUCUAUGAUUGGACAGCUUUUUCCUCACAGAGCAAGGAUAGAAAUUAAGAAUAAAUUUAAACGUGAAGAGAAAACAAAUGGAUGGAGAAUAGACAAAGCAUUCCAGGAAAAGCGCCCUUUUGACUUCGAUUUUUUUGCUCAUUUGCUUCAGAAAGUUCUUGCUGAAGAAGAGAAAAGAAAACAAAAAUCCAUUAAAACUCAGAGUGUAAAGGAGAAGAAAUCCUCUAAACCACGAAAAAAUUUAAAAGUGAAAAAAGUUGCCAGUGAAGAAGUGAAUGAUAGUCCAGAUGAGUCUAUGAGUGCUAAAAUUUCAGACACAGAAGAAUCUCAAAACGAUGUUCAGACAGUUCAAGAAGAACUGCAGCCUUUGACUUUAUCAGGACAGGAUUCAGAACAGAUUGCAUUAGAACCAGACCUAAAUCAAAAGAAACGGAGAAGGAAAAAUCAAGAUGAAGCUGGUAAACAAGAAGUAAAAAAUCUUUCAGGAAGUGCCACUGUGCAGCCAGGCCCUUCAGAAGGAGAAAAACAGAAAAAUAAAUGUCAGUCUUUAAGUCCCGAGAGAAAAGGAGAUGAAAGCAAUAAGGAGCAGAAGCUUUCCCUUGUACAAACCGUCGGUGAAGUUGAGGAUUUUUCCUCCAGUGACAGAGUUGUGAGAAAAACGGACCCUCUUCCUUCAUUGAGUAGUCAACAUGAUGCCAUGUCAGCAGCAACUGAGACUUCAGAUUCAAGCACCUCAGAUAUGCAUGCAUCAGAAGUUGGAAUUAGAGCCUUGUGUGAGGUGAAUAAUGCUGAGAGUAGUUGUACAGAAGAAAGAAUUGUUCAACUAAAAAAUAUAUCACUGGAAACUGAUCAAACAGAAAAUGUUAAACCGAUGGUGAGAGGACGACUCCAGAGACCUAAACCUAAUUUAUCAAGGGCUGUUGGGAAGAAAUCAGUUCUUCCACAAGGUAAAAGAGAUGGAGAGAGUAAGAGUUUACAUCCAGAAACUUCAAUUGAUAAGACUCACAUGGAGCAGGAUAAAAUGAAUUCACUCGACAUUUCUGGAAUGGAGAAUACAGAGAGCGAGAGCUCAACAGCUGGUACUGUGUCUGACUUGAGUGAAAAAAUGAAUCUGCAGAAAGAUGAUCAACAGAAGGCUUUCAGACCUGCACGACUAACGAGGGGCAGAUUGCAAAGGCCAAAGCCAAACAUAGGUAAAGCUGCUGAGAGAAAAGAAAUCCUGGCAUCCCAGGAAGAGAUUGGGGCCAAUAUAGAAAAGAAUGAAAAUGAAUCCUGUAUUGAUAUAGAUACUCCUGAACAAAUAGAAAAUCAGUCAUGUAAAAAUUUUGAGUGUGAAGACAUCACAUCACAAUCUGAAGAAAAAGGUACUUCUUUUCAAAAUAUGCAACCAGAUGAGCCCAAGUCUCUUAAUGAAUGUCUAAGUAUUCAAGAGGAUAUUGAAGUAAAUAUACUCAAACAAGUUCCAGUUCUAAAGAAUCGAUUUCAGAAGCCAAAACCAAAUAUAAGAAGAACUGGAAGAAGAGACAUUUUCUCAAAGGAAGAGGUACCAGAGGAGAUUGUUGUUCCUGGGAGAAAGACAGCAGCAAGGCUAGAAACCUCACCAAGGGAGAAGGUACCAGUGGAGGCUAACACUACUAAGGAAAUGGAAUCAGAGUUAGAAGAAACUGGAAGUAGAGACAUCUCUCCCAGGGACAAGGUACCAGAAAUGAUUGACAUCCCUGUGGACAUGGAGACAGAUUUGAAAGAAACUGGAAGAGAGAUUUCUCCAAGGGAGAAGAUUCCAGAGGUGACUGGUGCCACUGAGGAAAGAGAGACAGAUUUGGAAGAAACUGAAAGAAGUGAAAUAUUCUUAAAGGAAAAUGCCCUAGAGGAGGUCAACACUGUAGGAGAAAUGGAGACAGGUUUGAAAGAAACUGGGAGGGAUAUUUCUCCAAGUGAGAAAAUACCAGAGGUGACUAAUGCCACUGAGGAAAUAGAGACAGAGUUGGAAGGAACCAGGAGAAGAGAAGUUUUCACACAAGAAAAGGCCCCAGAGGUCAAAACUGUAGGUGAAGUGGAGACAGGCUUGAAAGAACCUGGAAGAGAGAUUUCCCCAAGGGAAGAGAUGCCAGAGGUGACUGGUGCCACUGAGGAAAUGGAGACAGAGUCGGAAGGAACCAGAAGACGAGAACUCUCCACACAAGACAAUGCCCCAGAGCAGGUCAACACUGUAGGGGAAGUGGAGACAGGCUUGAAAGAAACUGGGAGGGAGAUUUCUCCAAGGGAGAUGGUACCAGAGGUGACUAAUGCCACGGAGGAAAGAGAGACAGAGUCGGAAGAAACCAGGAGAAGAGAAAUAUCCACACAAGAAAAGGCCGCAGAGGUCCAAACUAUAGGUGAAGUGGAGACAAAUUUGAAAGAAACUGAAAAAGAAACUUUCUCAAGAGAAAGGGUACUAGAGAGGAUCAGUGCCACAGGGGAAAGGGAGAAUUUGAAAGAAACUAGAAAAAGAGACAUUUCCCUGAUGGAAAAGACAUCAGGAAAGAUGGCUGCUAUUAAUGUAACAGAGGCAGAUUUGAAAGAAACUGGAAGAAAAAUAUCCUUGGGGAAAAGUGGAUCAGAAGAGAUCGGUGCUGCGGAAGAAAUGGUGGCAGAUUUGAAAAAAACUGGAAAAAUAGAUAUUUCUUUAAGGGAAAAUGAACCAGAGGAGACUGGGACCUCAAAACAAACAGAGACAGAUUUAUUGCAGAGCAGAAGUGCUGACUGCAGUGCUGUGCCUUCACUAAAUAUCAAAAACGUUAGCAGUGAUGUCCUAUCUGUGGUGCAUACAUCUAUAGAAGAAAAAAAUUCUGAAAAGGAAGUAUCAAGUCAAUUGAGUCAUUGGAAGACUUCUUUGCAGACUUCUGAACUUGGUAAAACAGAAGACCAGGGGCCACGAUCUGCAGAUGUUCCAGAGCAGUUUUCAGAUACUAAUUUAAGCAAAUCUUUUCCUCAAGAACAGAAGCCAUUAAAGCCAGCACCUUUUAUGAGAAGUCGAUUAAAAAGACCAAAACCAAACUUAUCAAGAGCAGCUUUAAAAAGAGAGACUAUGGAAGCAGAAAAACAUAUACCUGGCAAGAAAUUGGAAAUGGAUAAAAUUGAGACUAGUGUGAUACAACAGGAUGGUGAACAAAUGCACACUCCCUCUUCUGAACAUGAUGCAUCUUCCCUGAUGACAUCAAGAGAAAAAGACAAAUCGGGUCACAGUCAGAAGGAGGCUGUGAUAUUACCAUGUGUACUGACAGAAGAGAACCUUUUACCUUCAAGUUCUUGUGAACCUAAUGAGGCCUCUCAGUCUACACAAGCCCAGGAAAAGGAAUUACUUGUUUCUAUGGGGACUCAUAAUAUAAACACUUUUCAACAAGAAAUGAAGGAAAGUGUUACCCAAACUGCUCAACCAGUAAGGGGCCGACUUCAGAGACCUAGACCAAACAUAAAAAAGGCUGGACAGAGGCAAAUGGUAGAAAAAGGAGAAGCCAAAGGCAUAGUUAAGGAAGAAAGAACAAUACUACAAAAAGAUGAAACUAAAAGGAAAUUCCUGACUCUGCCAAACUCUCAAAUUGGAACUCACAUUGAAGUUGUAUCCUCCAAAGUUUCCGAAGGAAGAAUGGAUGAAAAUCAGAGUCAUGUGGCUCUUGUAGAGAACCUUCAUGUUAACAGAAUUAAUGUUGUAGAUAAAAAGAUGAGAGAUGAACAUAAAACUUCUGUUUCUAGUCCAGCACAAUUGUUAAGAAGACAGUUCCAAAAGGCUAAGCCUAAUUUGGGAAGAGGACAUGAUAAGGAAGAGGAACUAGGUAUAGAAAAAGACAGAGCAGAUCUGAGUGAGGCAAGGAAGCCAGAAGAUAAUUUGCUGCAGCAAGGAGAUUCUGACACCCAGCUCCUUCAAAAAGAAAAAGCUGAGCUGCUGACACCUCUGGAGGUUUCAGCAAUAGAAGAUUGUGUAGGCAAAGAAGCUGGUUUAGCCAAGAAAGAUGCUCAGUCAGAAGUUGGAUCAUCAGGAAGUGCUGGACAGAAAACUGUAGAGGAUAAUUCUGUCUCUUCGGUUGUCGAAGAGCAAUAUCUCAGUAAACCAGCAAGCCAUUCACAACUGUUAAAAGAAUCAAAUGACUCUAAAAUUGCUCUAAAUCGAAGAACAACUUUCUCUUCUACCUCUGGAUGUGAGAUACAUCAUAGUGAAAGGAGAAUGCAUCGGAAGGUCAAACCAAAUAUCAACAGAGGGCGUGGAUCAAAACGAAUUCGGAGUAAGACGUCUAGGAAGGAACCUAGAGCUUCGAGGGCCGUGCUGGUGACUCUUCGGGCGUCCCAGGAAGAGGAAGAAGAUGAUGUGGAAGAUUUUGAGUCUGCCUAUGAGGAAGAAAACUAUCAUCUUGCUCCAGAAGAAAUAAACAAAGCUCCAGUGUUUGUACCUGUUGGUCUCAGAUCUCCUGAACCUGUUUCUACUCAGAUUGAGGAAACGAUGGAAGAGCUUGAAAUAACGGUGAAUGUCCCAGAUAUUGGAUUCAUAACUGUUGAUGAACAUCAGCUCUCAAACACAGAUGUGACCACUCAAGAAAUUAAACAAGAAGAACAUUUGAAUGCAUUAUCAGUUGAAAUGACCACAGGUGAACAUACCCAAGAUGGAACAGAUACCAACGAUGGAAGCACUGAAGCUGCCAUAACUUUACUUACAAUGGGAGAUCUAGUGUUGCAGUCAGAGAUCAGUACAGAGCAGAGUGAUGGAGUAUGUGUACCUCCUGGUGUUCAUUCAAAGGAUAAAAGCCAUAUUCCUUUUAGCCCAGAUAAUGUCAGUGACAGAAUUGUUCAUGAAUGUCAGGAGCUUUCUUCACCUGUCAAUAGUAUACCUCUUUCAUCAUUAGAAGAAAACAAGAUUGUAUUGGAGAAACAAAGUACUGAAGAAGAAAUUGGUUUAACGGAGAAAGUAAAGGAAAAUGCUGUAUCAACCAGGACUAAAACUCCUGAGGUGACCAAUAAUUUGAGAAUGAGAAGUAGAUUUGCCAAGCCUAAGCCAAAUCUUAGGAAGAUUUUAGGGACCAACAGAUUUGGUGCUCAUCAGGAAGUUCCCAGUUUGUUUGUAACCAAAGGAGAAGUGGAAAUUCAAAGAGAAAUGGAGAAAAAUGCUUCUAAAGCAACAGGCCUAGAAGAUAAAAACCUUGAGUCAGUUACAACAGCGGAGAAUAAGGAGCAGAGCAGACUGGCAUGUGUACCCGGGUUGGACGAGACCAGCACCGUGCGGGAGGCGAGCCUGGCUGAGAGGAAGGAAAAUAAAGAACAGGGAUCUCAAGAAGUUCAGCUAUUGUCAUUUGCUCCAGUUGUUUCCUCUGAGUCAAGCUCCCAUACACUUGGUUUGGGUAGGGGUCUGAGUGAGAGUUCUGCUGGAGAGCCCCUGAAAAAGGACUCGAGUGGAGACAAUGUGCUUACACUUUAUGUGCCAGAGUGCACACCAACUAGUACUCCAGAAGUCCAAAAAGAGAAUGUAAUCAAUCCUCAGGAUUUAACAGUGAACCUGGCUGGUAACCUACAUCACGACAGUGAGGAUGAACAAGCAUUCAUAUUAACUCUGGUGGAAAUUCCAACCAAUGCAGUAGAAGCAUUUACUGAUACUGCUACACACUUAAUGCCAAACCCGUUACUGCCAGCGCCCAUAUUGGUCAAAUCAGUGACUACAGAAGAAAAGGGUGACAUGAGUAUAAGUUUUCCAGUAACUUCAGUUGUUCAGGAUGCCAUGUGUUUAUCUAAUUCUGGAAGUGAUGAUUCUGAAAAGCCUCCUGCUAAUUUGGAUCUUACGUCUAGGAAGAGAUUUCAUUGUAGGCCCGAUGAAAGUGACUAUGUUCUUCCUGCUAAAAAAUGUUCACUCACUUCAAGAGACAAUUGUCAAAAAUAUACCUCUGAGGUAUCUUCAAAGGAAUUAAUAAAUGUUUUGGAAGAGACAGGAAAGUCUUACAAGGGACAAGAUAUCUUCCCUACUUCAGAAAGCACACAUACAACUCCAGAACCUCAGGAAGAGCAACUUGAACCAACUUUUCAGAGUAUAGGAUCUAGACCUAUUGAUAAAAUAAUUGAUACACAUAUAGAAAAGAAUACACCUCAGUUACUUCAGGAUAAGGUGAUUGUGUCUGGUAAGGAAGAAGGAACUGGUGCAGCUUCUAAGUCUGAACAAGUGGAUAGCAUCACAUCAUCUUCAAAAACCACACUCUCCAGACCUGGCAGGAGACCCCUGGGAUUUUUGUCUUUAAUAUGUUCAAAGAAUAGUUUGGAGUCUGAAGAACCUAUUCAGGUUCUUAGAAAGAAACGCUUAAAACCUCUUAUACCUGUAUCAAGACAGAAUUUGAAAAGAUCCAAUCUACUCAGUGAAAGCAAGAAAAAAAUUCAAGAGUCUUCUGAUCUGCUUCCAUCUCCAAGUGUUGUUAAUACUCAAUCUGAGAAUAUUGGCAGUUCAGCAACUCAGAAAAAUGUCCUGACACCCGCAAGAAAUCAAGGAAUGGUUUCUCCUGAUCGUUCCUUACCGGAAGAAGAAUGUAAAAGUGUCCAAAACCAGGCACUUGAAGAAGAGCCAACCACAAUCUCUGAAUAUUUCUUUAGUGAUAUCUUUAUUGAAGUGGAUAAAACAGAAUGAAAGUGUAUUUUUUUUUUAAGUUUAGGAUUUCCAGAGUCAGUUAUAUCAACAAAAACAGUAUUUAGAAAAAAAGCAUCAUGUUUGUUUUUCUUUAUGCUGAUUUUGAAUAUUUAAUAAGCUUGAUUUGAAGUUUUUAUAAUCGGUGGGAAACCUUGCUGAGGUUCCUUUCAUCCUGACUAACUCAGCAUUCUGGAAUUACCAGGCAAUUAAGACUGCUUUCUCGACUGAAAUAGCAACUCCUGUUUACAUUUUGACUCUUCCUGUGCUGAAAACACAUGGACAUUUUGGAGUGUUGUGAGCGUGGAUAAAUGUCUCUGUAUAAAUCACAGUGCUGAUGUAUUUGGCUGUGGAUUGUAUUUAACAUUUAGCAAACUACUUUUGUGAAGGUGUUUUCUGUUUGUUUGGAUUUUUCUUUGGGUGAUUAAGGCCUUUUCAGUUGCCUCUAAGUAUAUGAAAGGUAAUUGUUAAAAACUUUUCUAUUAUCAGCUAUUUGACCGAAAAUAUGUAUUUUUCUAAUUCAUGUUAACAUUAGUCCUAAUUGAAGAACUAGUAUUUAAACUUAUUAUUUAUAAAGAUGAAACAUCAAAAAGCUUAUUUAUUUUUAAAUUUUUUAUUUAAUAGAAUAUUCAGUUUUAAUUAUUUUCACUCCUCAGAAUUUGGGUAAAGAAGGCAUUAACAAUUUUGUCUCCUUUCCCUCUUUAAUUUUAAAGAUAUUUAAAGUGAUAUAACUAAAAGUAUUUGGAUAGUGUAUAUGUUUUGAAUACAUUUUUUCUCAUAGUUUUAGUAUAUUGACUUUGUACUGUGAAUAUUUUGUUUUUCUUAUUUCUUGGAUAAUCUCAGGAUUUGUAUGGGAAAGAAAACCCUUACCUUCGUUUAUGAGGCAAAUUUUCCAUGCAAAACUCAAUCUCCUUUACACACACUCUCACAAACACACAUUCCUUUUUAAAAAAAUCAAUUUCUUGAUAGUUUUUCCCUUAUUAAAUUCUGCUUAAGGUACACUUAGGCCUUUAAGUGCAGAAUGUAAUUGUGAUAUUAGUAACAGAAAAUAAGAUGAUGAGACCGUGACGUCAGUUAUUAUCAAUAUGAAUUUGAGUUCUUUUUGACUUUGUGAUUUACAUGUGUAAUUCUGUUAUUUACCCAAGUAAUUCUUUGGUGUGGUUCAAUUAAAUAUCUCGAAGAGCAGAUUUAUCCUGAGUUGAUAAACAUUUUUCACAAAAUAUUUUCGAGUUUGUGGGCCAGAUGGCCUCUGUGGCAACUACUCAACUCUGCCAUUUUAGUUGAAAACAGCCACAGACAAUACUUCAAUGUGGAUGUGGCUGGAUUGCACUUUUAGUUUGACCCUCUACACAAGAUAGUAAUUUUCUUACCUUAAGGUGCUGAUGUCUUUAGCUAUGAGAUAUUUGUCAUUGAAGUUAUAAGUUGUGCCUAACAAUUAAAAUUGUUGUUAGCAUUAUGGAAUGAUCAGUAUUUCAAUGGGAAGGUAUUUUAAUGUCUAGAUAAUUGUGUUUGUAUAUUGAAAAAAAUGGAGGGCAGUUUUCAAGUUCAUCGGUAAAAUAGGAUGUAGCUCAGGAGGAAGUACAACAGUAAUCCUAAUUUAUUAAAACAAUUUAUAUUAGAGCAUUUCUUCAUUUUCUUGUAGUGAAAUUUACAGUUUAACUUUUUUCAUAAAGGAGGAUCUCUAAAUCUGAGUGGAAAUUCUUUAUAGAUAUGCAUUUAUUUAUUUUAUGUGAUCACAAGAAUCGUGGUAGUAAAUCACAUUGCUAUUUUAAUGCCCUGUUUUUAUAAAUUUUUUAAAAUCUCAUUCUGAAAAGGUUUCUUUCAUUCAGUUAAUGUUAAUUUGGGUGUUAGGUUGCCACAAUUAAACUAUUAUUUUAUCUUUUGUAUAAUAUUUCUGUUUUAACUUUGUUAAUGUCUAUCUCUUGUUCAUCUACAGUGAAUUAAUUUUAUGAAAGAUGUUACUUCUUACUGUAUAAAGAUUAAUUUUAUCUUUUGGGCAUUUAUUGUAUUAGAGAAUCAAGUCACCCAGCUAAAUUAUCCUACUAUUAAGUCCUUAAACUACCUUGGAGAAAGGGAACCUUAAUCAGUGUAUUUAUUUACUUUUUAAGGUGGAAAGACUUGUUCAUAUACCUGUAUUUAAUCUCAUUCAUGUAAAGAUGAUGUUGGAAAGAAUUUGUAUUUUAUGAAUCUUAAAGGAGAUAUGAUUAUAAAGGUCUUUAUUUUUUUCUUGAUUUUUCCUCCUGAACACUUACGUCUUAGCAAAUGGUGAACAUGCUGGUUUAAAAGCCUAAUUUGUUGGUAAAUGAUUGAGGCACAGAUAAAAAUAUGAAUAUCUACUGUUUACCACUAUAUUAUUUAAAAUAGAAGUGACCAUGUAUAUAUAUUAUCUUGCUUGAAGAAAUCUUUGACAAAAAAAGCAAUAUCUGAAUAUCUGUCAUUUGUAAAUUUUCUUGUUCUAAAGAAAGCAGUUAUGUUCUACAGAUAGAAAUUAUGUAAAUAAAAGUUAUUUUAUACUA